CGAGGGCAGGGCGCUGCCCGGGUUGCUCUCAGAGUCGGCGUGGGAGCAGCAGCGCGGGCGGAGGGGCAGGCGCGCUCGGCGUCCCUGCAGCCCAAGCGGGGCGCAGCGAGUCGGUAACGGGAGGCCCAAGAGAACACGUGAUUGUAUUUCUUUCCCCAUUUUGGGAAGCCCUGCUCACCACACUACUACACUGUACAUCUGGGUCCUUUGAUGGACGAAGAAGGUGAAGUGAUCCAGCCCCAAGAGCAGAGCUGCUGGGCCACUCUGCCAGAUGUGUGCCUGCGACGUAUUUUCUGGUGGCUAGGAGACAGGGACAGGUCCAGAGCUGCCCUGGUCUGCAGAAAGUGGAACCAGAUGAUGUACUCAGCUGACCUCUGGCGAUACAGGACCAUCACGUUCAGCGGGAGGCCAUCUAGGGUACAUGCAUCCGAAUUUGAGUCAGCGCUCUGGUACGUUAAGAAAUUUGGCCGCUACCUGGAACACUUGGAAAUCAAGUUCCUGAACCCUUACAAUGCUGUCUUGACCAAGAAGUUCCAAGUCACCAUGAGAGGCCUCCUGUCGUGCCUCGGCAAGAGUAACAACCGCCUAAAGUCACUCUCUAUCCAACACCUGGAGCUGGACCGCCUGGUCUGGAGAAACAGCAUCAGGGGGUCACUCAUCAAGAGCUUGAGUUUUUUCUUAAAGAAAAUGGGCAAGCACCUGGACCAUCUCAGCCUGAAAGGGGCCCGGCUGACAGUGGAGCAAGGCUGCCACAUCCUCAACUCCUUGAGCUACCUUCGGAAUGAGAACUUGGCCUCAGAGCUCAACAUUGAGGACUUCUUCAGCCAUCACCUGGCCGUCUAUGGCAGCUCCCAGUUCAACAAGGCCAUGGCUACAUUCCACAACCUGAUGUUCCUAACACUCAACUACAACUGUAUCUCUGACGAGCUGCUCGAGACCUUGAGUGAGAACAAUGCUGGCACCCUCCGGACCAUGAAUAUCAAAUGCCACGUUCAUGACCCCCACGGCCAGGUAGUUUGGGGCAUGUCCUGGGCCAAGCUGGCCAGGCAGGCCAGCAACCUAAAGGUGAACUUCUUCUUCGAGCGAGUCAUGAAGUAUGAGCGCCUGGCCCGGAUCUUGCUGCAGGAGAUUCCAGUCAGAAGCAUCAGCCUAAGAAGUUGCUAUUUCAGUGACCCAGACUGGUCCAUGCGGCCCACUCUGACAGACAUUCUGCCCUCCUUCCGGAACACCCUGCAGAAGUUAACAUUUGAGUUCAACAACAAUCACGAGGCAUUAGAUGAGCAGCUACAUCUCCUCAUCCUGGCUUGCCGAAAGCUGUUUUACUUCAAAAUCUGGGCUUUCCUGGACGUUAAGUUUGUGGAGCGAAUCCUGAAGAGCCAGGAGGAGGGGCAGUGCUCCCUGCGCACACUAAAGGUGAGAAUUUAUACAAACCGAUAUGAGACAAAUGAAGAGGACAGGACCCUACGGGAAAUUUACAGGAAAUACAGAAAGCUGAUCGAUUCAGAACUUAACUAUUUUGUCAUCGCCUACCCCAUGAUGUAAAGAGUGCUCUCCAGAGGAAGACAUCUAGACGCACUUGGGACCUGAAAACCUGGUUCCCGGUGAAUUACAUUUGGGACUCGCAUGCCCUCAUCCCUUUUUCUUCUCUCUCCUUUUUGCCAGUUCUACACCAUCAUGAACAGCCUGGCAAUGGCUGGACUGCUGGUGAUGGCAAGGCCCCCGAGCGUCUUUAAAGUGCUAUCUUUGCCAACAA